ACUCUUGUCCGUAUAUUCCUUUUUCUUCAUCUCACCGUCCGAUUUUAAUCCAACGGUCACCAUUCCUUUUUCUUCUUACUUCACUUCCCUCUCUCGCCGACGACGCUACAACAAUGGCGUCUCUCGCUCUCUCCGGCUCCUGCUCUCUCGCUUUCCCUCUCAAAUCUCGAUCUCUCUCUCUCCCUCGUCCUCCUUCUUCCUCUUUCAAUUUGACGAAACCUCUCCGAUCUCUCGAUUCUCGCUUCUCCUUACUCAAAUCUCCACUUCCCGCCGCUUCUCUUAACCGGAGAUCAUCAACUCUCGUUAAAGCCUCUUCCGCCGCUGCUUCUCCGUCUCCUCCCGUUGCUCCAGCUCCCGUUCCAUGGCAAGGAGCUGCCAUUAAGCCUCUUAUCGCAUCGAUCGCUACUGGUUUGAUUCUAUGGUUCGUUCCUGUCCCCGAAGGUGUCACUCGCAACGCGUGGCAAUUACUCGCGAUCUUCCUCGCCACCAUCGUCGGGAUCAUCACUCAGCCGCUUCCUCUCGGCGCUGUUGCUCUAUUGGGAUUAGGAGCUUCCGUUCUCACCAAAACCCUAACGUUCACCGCCGCGUUCUCCGCUUUCGGAGAUCCAAUCCCAUGGCUCAUCGCUCUCGCCUUCUUCUUCGCUCGUGGUUUCAUCAAAACCGGUCUCGGUAACCGUGUAGCUUACCAGUUCGUUAGACUCUUCGGUAGCUCCUCGCUUGGGCUGGGUUACAGUCUCGUCUUCAGUGAAGCUCUCUUAGCUCCGGCGAUUCCUUCUGUCUCGGCUCGUGCCGGUGGAAUCUUUCUCCCGUUGGUUAAAUCUCUCUGUGUUGCUUGUGGUAGUAAUGUUGGGGAUGGAACUGAGCACCGUCUUGGCUCGUGGUUGAUGCUCACUUGUUUCCAGACUUCUGUGAUCUCUUCUUCUAUGUUCUUGACGGCUAUGGCUGCCAAUCCUUUGAGUGCUAAUCUGGCGUUUAACACGAUCAAGCAGACGAUUGGAUGGACUGAUUGGGCUAAAGCUGCGAUUGUACCAGGACUUGUGUCGUUGAUUGUUGUUCCGUUUCUUUUGUAUCUUAUCUAUCCUCCUACGGUGAAGAGCAGUCCUGAUGCUCCCAAGCUGGCUCAGGAAAAGCUUGACAAGAUGGGACCUAUGUCUAAGAACGAGUUGAUUAUGGCCGCCACUUUGUUCCUCACGGUUGGUCUCUGGAUUUUUGGAGCUAAGUUGAGUGUAGAUGCUGUGACUGCAGCCAUUCUUGGAUUAUCAGUCCUCCUUGUGACAGGUGUUGUGACAUGGAAAGAGUGCUUAGCUGAGUCGGUCGCAUGGGACACACUCACCUGGUUCGCUGCUCUCAUUGCGAUGGCUGGUUAUCUUAACAAAUAUGGUCUCAUUGAGUGGUUCAGCCAGACCGUAGUCAAGUUUGUGGGAGGAUUGGGUUUGUCAUGGCAGCUAUCGUUUGGAAUCCUCGUCCUCUUGUAUUUCUACACUCACUACUUCUUUGCCAGUGGAGCCGCCCACAUUGGAGCUAUGUUCACUGCCUUUUUGUCGGUCUCAACCGCUCUAGGCACUCCACCUUACUUUGCAGCCUUAGUCCUUGCGUUCUUAUCCAACCUGAUGGGAGGAUUGACUCAUUAUGGUAUCGGAUCUGCGCCUAUCUUCUACGGGGCUAACUAUGUGCCGCUGGCUAAAUGGUGGGGCUAUGGAUUCCUGAUUUCAAUAGUCAACAUUCUUAUCUGGCUUGGUGUAGGUGGUGCCUGGUGGAAGUUCAUUGGUUUGUGGUGAGGACCACAAUACACCAGUAUUCCCAUUCUUUUCCUUAUAUAUAUAAUCUCUUAGAACGGCUUUGAGAUUCAGAUUUGAGAAGGAUUAAAAUCAGGGUUUUAAGGAUUGAGCAGAGUUUUUCUGCAAUUUUUAUUCUCACUCUCACACAUAUUUUGAGGUGUAAGCAAAUCUUAACUUGCAUCAAUUUUGUUUGAUUUCUAA